UGUUAGCGCACUCAUUUUGCGCAGCAGGCGUUUUUUUAUUUGGUAUCGUGAAAAAGUAGCUAAGACUAGCUAGAAGAAUAUAGGUUGUUUUUAAAGCAGUUUGAACCUUAGUUUGUUUUGGGCUGCAGUAUUUGUCCAAUUAAUUUAAUUCACAGCGUGAAACCGUUUCAAAUGUGUCGUUUAUCACCCGGUGAGUAGACCAGAGAUGUGGGAAUACAACCUUUAUUCUGGCUAAUGGUGGCUACUGGCUAGUUAGCUAAACAUUCAGGUGCUGGAGGAUGAUGCAGUCCCUAACCCCAGAUGUUGAAGUUCGACUCUCAGUGGGCCAAUGCGUCCGAACUCUCACUACCUCCAAAGAGAAGGAAGAUGUGGCCAAAACUCUACACACACUAACCAGUUACUUGGACGAUGGGCCUCAGAGUACAAUUACAUCAGCUCAGCGAGCAGAGUUCAGUCGAGCCCACUACACCCGGACCCUACAGUUUCUCAUCAGUAACAUCAAUGCUGAUUGGCUCCAGCUUCUUACCAUUGCCCAGUGCACAGAAUUGUGGGAUGGUUUGUUCCUCCGAGGUCCUCCAGACCAGACUCUGUUAGUGCUGAUGGAUGGUAUCAGCUCAAUGAGCAGCCCCAGUGCAGGUCUGGACCGUUUAGUCAGCAUCCUAGAGCGGUUCCUUCAGAGUGGUCGUCUGACAGUCCUACUGUGGACCCGCUGUCAGGGGACGGGUCCCUCCGACUCUCCCCAGCUCAGAGAGACCCUGCUGAGCCGCCUGGUGGCUCUGCCUGACCUGACUGCCAACCAACUGCACAACCACAACAAGACCAUCUUCCUCCCCCAGCAGUACUACCCCCUAUUGGCCAGAGAAAUGCUCACUGUGCUAGAGAGAACCUGUCAGGCUCUGAGAGAUAGAAAAGACUGCUCUCUGACUUUUGUGGCCCAGGCACUGGGGAAGGCCUGUGUUCAGGGACACAGUGGGUUAGUAUUUGGGGUGCUAGCCCCUUACCUCUCCUCCUGCACGCUUUCAGACAUGGUGUGGCAAAGGGUGUGCUGGAAGCUGCUGGAGAAUGUCCCAGAGCGCUGGCUGGAGAGCGUGCUCACUGGGAUGGUGCAGGCUGUCAACAGACCUGAUGCUCUGUCCAGGAUCAUGGGGAACCUGGUGUUGAAGAACAAAAAGGCCCAGUUUGUCAUCACCCAUAAACUGCUGCUGCUUCAAUACAAAUAUGAGACUCGUGUGUUGAGCAUUCUUCUAGGCUACCUGGCUCAAGACAGGGAGAGAAGGCCACUACUUAUACAGGUGCUGCGGUCGCUGUGCCAGGCCUGGGCUAACCCCAGUGCAGUCAGACACACCCCUCUGGAGCAGCAGCUCUAUGUGAGCCGGGCUCUGCUGCUGUGUGUGGGACUACUGAGUGAUGCAGAGCUACAGGAGCUACGCUCGGAGCUGCUGCAGUGCAUGUUGGGAGGGAUGCAGAGCCACCUUGACAGCAGUGUAGUCCGUGUGAGGCGCAUGGGCAUGGUGGUGGGGGAGUGUCUCAGCUCCCGCAUGGAUGUCAAUGGAGCCAAACUCAAAUUCGAAUAUGAGCAUGAUGAGGAGACCGAGGAGCUGCUCUCACUGAUGACUCCACUGUCUGAGGAAGAAACAGAGCUGCUUGAUGACAGAUUGGAUCUUCCUCAAGACGUCAAAGGGAAGACUGUACCCUCUCAGGCAGUACCAUCCCAGGCUGCUUCCGUGGCUCAGAAAUCAGGAGCUGACCCAGACUCAGAGCUGGAUAGUGAUGAUGAGCUCACCCCCUAUGACAUGUCAGCUGACCAGGAGAUGAGCCAAGCUGCCCCACCUCGCUACCUCCGAGACUGUCUGGAGGCCUUCCUCUCAUCUGAGGACCCAGUGAGGGUGGAUCUCAGUCUGAGAGCCAUUGAGGGCUUGGUGAGGAAGAACACUUCUACAGCUCGAGAGGUCAGUGUUGAACUGAGCAAGGUGCUGCUGCACAUGGAGGACAGGUACAACACUGUGGGUUUCCUUAGUCUCAGGCUGGCUGCUAUGGUGGCCCUCACUGUCACCGACUCUGUCCCCGUGACUGAGUAUCUGACCACAGAGUUCUACUCCAUGAAUUACAGUAUACGACAACGGCUGGAUAUUUUAGAGGUCCUCAUUAUGUCUGCGCAGGAGCUCUCUCAACCAAUCACUGACAAAGGAGGUCCAUCCAAGGCCAUUCAGCGGGUUACCAUGAAUACACCCCUUUACCCCGGCGAUGACCCCAUACACUGGCGACAAGUGGUGGAGAGGCGGAUUCAGAGUAAGACCAAACGGCUCAGUAAGGGUGUCACUCACCCCCCAGCCAAGCCCACCCCAAACCGUUAUGCCCCUGUUGCUGGCCACUUCUUCUUCCCUCUGCUCAGAAACUAUGACAGGCCUCAGGUGACCUUUGACCUGCUGGGCGGUGACCACCUGGUUCUGGGGAGACUGAUCCACACGCUGGGACUCCUCAUGCACCUAGCAGUCAAUGCUCCGGUGGCCACUCAGAUGGGCAGAGCUCUGUUGGAUUUUGUCUGGGCCGUACGCUACCACGUUGACCAGAUGGUGCGGCGAGGAGUCCUAUUUGCUGUCUGCUCCGUCUUUCUGAGCAUGCCCAGUCAGAGUUUGCUGGUGGAGCUCAGUGAUCAGCUGUUUGAGACCAGAGCAUGGCUGGCAGACGUAGCUGAAGGGGACCCUGAUACAGACUGCAGGAACCUGGCCGUGCAGAGCCUGGUGCUGCUGGAGAAGAGUCUGAAGACUGAAAUGAACCCUGCUGCACUGGUCCUGCAGUCAUGAUCACAACAUGAUGAUACACAGUGGACCUUGAAGUCCUAUCCCUCUGGUGUACAAAAGGCAACAAACAGCUAGUGUAUUGGUUGUGACUGCCGGUGUAUUGGUAGUGACUGCUUAAGGACACUGAUUGUGACAUGAGUACAAAUUAUGCUCGCCAACAGGAACUGGCUGACAGAAAGCCCGAGGAUGUGGCGGAUCCUGGACACUGAAGGAUGUCCUUUAAGCUAGAGCUACAGGUGCUGCAUCCCCACCAUAUCCUGAAAUGAAUAAAUGCAUGCCAAAGGAAA